AUGUGUGAUUUCUAUGCUACCGGCGAGUCUUAUGGUGGCGAAUAUGUACCAGCCAUUGUUUAUAAAAUUCAUAGAGAAAAUCCUCAAGCAAAACUGAAAAUUAAUCUGAAAGGAAUGGCCAUCGGUGAUGGUUUGGUUGAUCCUUAUAAUCAAGGGGAUUAUGGACCAGCGAUGUAUCAAAUGGGUUUGAUUGAUCAACGACAACUGGAAUAUAUCAAUUUAUUGACGUCACUAGCACGUGAAGCCAUUUGGGAAGGCCAAUAUCGACAAGCUUACUCUAUUUUUGGUGAUCUUUUCGACAAUAUCUAUUCGAAUAUGACCGGUAUGAUUGAUGCUGAAAAUUAUCUUCGCACUGAUUUUCCUGAAGAACUUUUCUAUUAUAUUCCUUGGGUGAUGGCAAGUGAACAUCGUCGUCAAAUUCAUGUGGGUAAUAUGACGUAUAAUGAUGGUGAAAAAGUACAAAUCGCUCUUCAAGAUGAUGCAAUGCAAUCAAUUGCAAGUAAAGUAGCGUUGAUUGCCAAUAGUAACUAUAAAGUAUUGAUUUACAGUGGAUUACUUGAUGUUAUUAUUUUCUCUUCGGUAACAAUGAAUUGGGUUGAUAAACUCGAAUGGAAUUAUGCGAACCAGUUGCGUGCUGCUGAACGCGUUAUUUGGAAAGUGAAAGAAGACGAUCAAGAAGUAGCUGGUUAUCUAAAACGAGCGAAUUCUUUCUUUUUGGCUUGGAUUCGUAACGCUGGUCAUUCGAUUCCCUGCGACCAACCACGUGCAGUCUUCGAUCUCAUCGAUCGUUUCAUUUCUGCUUCAUAA